AUGCCUCCACGACCAUCCAGGCGGUGGGCGUAUGGCUACAGCCCCAUGGUUCCUGAACUAGCUAGCUGCCCUCCGUUCAGCUACGGGUAUAAUCCAGACUCAGACCCCUUCGAUGACUUCCACGGAGAAGGCGGAAAUGUUUUUGGCAUGCAUGGCAUUCCUCAGGCAAAGGCAAGCGAACUGCGUCGUAUCCUCUUCGACCCCUCUACGGGAAUGGACCCUACCGUGAAGUGGUUUACCACGCAGCUGCAUCUUUACGGUGUGUCGUUCAAGAAGUCGUGGAGGAAAGCCGAUCUUGAAGCGGCAUUGAUGGCAGCUGUUAGCGCUGGUGAGUGCGAAGUAUUGGCCCCGACAGUUGCUGCUGUGUGUGAUCGUCUUCGUGGAGAAUACGACGCCGCCGUGGAACGCCUCGAGGAUGAGAUGUUCGCAAAGAUUGAGGGCGGCCAUGCGGAGGAGGGCAACGUUGACCCGCCCCGCUUCGUCGCGAAAUAUUUCCUCGAUGCUCAAGGCCAUCCGGACAGAGAGAAGACCAAAAUACCGCUUUCCUUCAGAUCGUGGAACAAUAAAGAAGAGCUCGACAAAGUGGUCAAAUCAGUUCCGGGACUCGCAAUUCUCAAGACCUGGAGUACCGUGCUCGUUGGCUGGGCUACAGCCAUGGAGAAAGGCAUCGAGGCCGAGUUCUCCAGGCUGGAAACCUUCUUCAGCCAUAAAUACGACAUCCACAGCGCCCAGGCCAAUGUCGACUUAAAGCUCUUCUUGCGAAAGUACCUUUCUCUCAAUCCCGACGGUAGUGUCAUCGAUACAGGCGUUAGGCCAUCCGAUCCAGUGGUGCUUGCCCCCUUUCGCCUUCAAAACCAGGAACUCGCUCAAGACAUUGUUGCCAAGUCCCCGGGUCUGCACAUAAAAAAGCACAAUGGGACUGCCGUCAUCGGGUGGGACAAGGAUAAAGUUGACGCUGAGAUAGCCCACAUGAUCGAGGUCGAGAAACAAGACAAGGAAAAACAAGAAGCCGACAAAAAAGCGAAAUUCGAAAAGGAGGAAGCUGAGAGAAAGGCGAGAUGGGACCGGCGAUGCAAGGGGUAUUAUGAGCUCCUCGCUAAACAACAAGGGCGACCCGGUCUCGUUGACCUCCAGCAGCUGCCUGGAUCAUACGUUGUGCGAUGGCAUGGGGAAACUGGGGAGGAUUACAACGACCCCCAUUACGACGGACACGUCAUGAAGAUCAACAUAUUGCAUCCCAAGAGCCCCCAUGGCGUUAAGGCUUCGUUCUAUUUUGGACAGUUCGAAGGAGUCAUGCUUCUCGCUAUGUCCAAGGAGGCCAUCGCCCAGCUCAGGGCUGCGCAACCCAAAGAUUAUUACGACGAGGACGAAGAGGAUCAGAAUGAUGGCCCAUCCUCCAUUAUUGGCCACAACACCAAGCUUAUUCGUGUGGAAAGGAGCUCAACUGGGGAGAAGCGUUCACUGGGAGACAUCUCCGAUCCAUACGGAGUUCAGGCUGCCAGGGCUAAGCGGCAGAGGAUCGACCCUCCAAGCCAGGAAGCACUGCACCCCAGUCGCGUGUAUUUCCAGUUUGCUUGCAGUGAGGUCGAAGGAUACCCCAUAGUUGAUAACCGCAACAAGCACGUUGGCCAUCUCGAUUUCGAUUCGACAGGCUUGGCUGCAAAGGGCGUCUUUUAUCUCCCGGACUUGUUUCGUUCCGAAGGUCAGCAUAUCGAGAUCUUCAAGAUCGCCGAGCAACCAGAUCGCAAUGCGUCACCUGAACCGUGGUACAGGUAUGAUGGGAGACAAUGGGGUGGGUGGUGAUUUUAAGGGGUCUGCUCCUGUUCGUCGUCGACUCGGGAGCUAGCCCCGUUGAGAUUCUUCAGGUCCGGUUCUGGGCUCUCACUGCACUUUCCGCCUCGUCCAGGUCCUAUGUGCAAAGAGAAGAAGUGCUGGCGGAGGCUAUGGCAUG